AUGUUGCAAAGCCGUGAUGUCCAGCCAGAAGCUGCGCAACCACCAACGCGAUUUGAUGGUCAGUCCAGCAUGCAUGCUGACUACCAAGCUCCCCCACUGGAAGGCUUACAAAGAUGGCUGCAAGGUUGUGGAUUGAGACCGGAAGAGACGGCCGCGCACUCCGAACAAGACCAGGGAACCAAAGCAACAAUCCAACAGACAGCUCGCUUUGAGGGUCAGUCCACUAUGCACCAUGAUUUCCAAACACCACCACCAGUGGCCUUGAACCAGGCCCAGCCAGCUGCAGCAACAACAGAAGUGAGUCCAAUCCGGUUUGAAGGUGAGUCAUCCAUGAAGGCUCACUAUCAAGCACCAUCUGAGGAAGCGUUGAUAGCAGCGACAGGUGGCAUAAGGCAACAGCAACCAGACAUCAAAGUUGAGGAAACAAAAGUGGCUUUGGAGGGACAGUCCACGACGCGCCAUAUUACCAAGCACCCCUUUGGAGAAGCUGCUUCACUUCCUAGGGCGACCAACUUGUGAUGACAUGGUUCCGCCAAUUCCUUUUGAGGGAAAAUCAUCCAUGAAGGCUCACUAUGCGGCUCCUUCAACGGAGGCAGUGCUAGCUGCAAGCAACGCAAGUCUGAGACAUGCAGACUUACAGCCUGCAAGCCAGCAGGCAGCUCGCUUUGAGGGUCAGUCCAAUGCACCCGGAUUUCCAACAACAGUCGAUCACCACCUGCACUGGCGCUUGCUCGUUUUGAAGGAGGGUCAACAGCACAUCAUGACUACGGAGUGCCACCAUUGGAGGACUUGCGGCAAUUGAUUUCAGGCACAAGUUCUGGGAGUCGUGAAAGGAAGCUUCCACAAACAACUUUUGAAGGAGAGUCGUCUAUGAGAGCUCACUACCGUGCUCCAUCAGCAGAUGCACUAAAAGAAACAAGUCGAAGUCCGUACCAAGGGCGAAGAAGCAGUUCAGCACAUGCAGAUAGGUCUUCAGUCAAGUUUGAAGCUUCCUCGACCAGUCGCAUGGAUUUUGGCAGCGUGAGCGGCUAGACAGAGAUGCAACUGCGAGUGGGCCACCGGCACCACUCACUGGUCUCUUCGAAGGGGAGUCGUCCGUGAAGGCACACCAUCAAGCACCACCACCGGAGUCUUUGAGGAAUCUCAGUGGAAUCCAUGGAAGAUGAUCUUGAAUCCAGUUGGCUCGCUACCAGUUCGGACUUCUGCAGCUGCGAUGUCUUGGAUAUCUGCCUACAUCGCAUGAAAGUGUGCAUGGCAUUGCAUGUCAGAGUUUCAAGUGCUUGUACAGAGAGCCCUUUCUACUACUUGUUAACGAUUCUGAUUUCGGAAUGCUUGGGUUGAGCUAAAAA